UGGGUUUCCUUGAUCUCCCGACCCUCAGAACCCUGGAGUGGUCACACUCGAGUCUCGAAACUCAAUUCACAACAUGGCCGGCAAUUUGGUUCAACAGCACCCGCUGCAAAGGCUCUCUAGCCCUUCCAGGGGCGUUUCGGCUCUGGUUCAUAUGGCCGGUCUGGCGAGCUUUCUCUGGUCUUUCAAAUAUAUGCAUGAUAAUCCGAAUAAGGCAAAUGAGGCAUAUGGCUGGCAUUUCCAGUAUUUGACGGUUAUUGGGUUGACGUUGUCUACUUUGACUUUUAUUGUUGCUCUGUUGGCAGAUAUCACCUUAUCCCGGCGCCUGUUUCUGAUCAAAAACCUGCUGUCGGUAUGCAGCGCCCCAAUGGAGGUACUGAUCAGUGUUCUUUAUUGGGGGCUUCGAGUUAUCGACGAGCGACUAGUGUUGCCUGAUUGGGCUGUCAUUCCACUUCAUGCGGAUAUUGGCUUCCAUGCCAUUCCGUCUAUCGUCAUGCUAGUGGAUCUACUGUUCCUAUCUCCCCCGUGGACUAUCACUGCCCUCCCUUCUCUGGGAUUGUCUGGAACUAUUGCCUUUGGGUACUGGUUUUGGGUGGAGCAGUGCUUCCUGUACAAUGGAUGGUACCCGUACCCUAUUUUUGAGCAGCUGUCAACAGUGGGCCGUGUCGGCCUUUUCUCGCUGAGUGCUGUUGUGAUGGCGCUGAGUACUGUGUCGAUUCAAUGGUUGUAUGGUCGAGUCAAUGGGUUUGGGACUGGUACUCAGCCUCUGUCCCGUCCAGGUAAUAUCAAACGAAAGGAUGGUCUAUGA